GACAUAUCAAAUAACCUUAAAACUUAAAUAAACAUUAUGAUAAGCACAUUACGAUAGUCACACUCUAAGGUUAAGUAAAAAUACAUAAAUUAAAAUGGGUGGUAAGAAGAAAAACAAGAGCAAAAACAAAAGUCAAAAUACAGAAGUUAUUAAAAACGAGGACAUAGAUACGGAAAAAAACCAUGAUCAAGUUGAAGAUGAUAUUGAAGAAAACGGAAAUGUUGAAAAGCAAUCACAAAAACGCAAACAUGUUGAAGACGAUAGUAAUGAUGACACUUUUGAUACAGACCCAAAACCGAAAAGGUCGAAAAAAAAGAAAAUACAAGAACCAAAAGAAUCUUCAGAUAAGAAAAAUAAGAAAUCUAUACGGCAGAUGAAAAAAGAAAAACAUGCCGAAAGGCAAGCUGCAGCGGAGGCACAGGCUAAAGAUCAGCUAAAAUCACAAUGUCUUAACUAUUUAUCACAGUGGAAACAUGAUAAAUCUAACUGGAAAUUUAUGAAAGCAAAACAAGCUUGGCUUUUUAAGAAUAAGUUUUCUCAAAACCUAGUGCCGGAUGCUUCAUACCCAAUAUUGCUGGAGUAUUUUGAAUCUGCAAAAGGUAAUAUUAGAAAUAUGCUGUUGGCUGAUGCCAAUAACAUUAUUAAGCAAAUGGAUGAUUGGACAGAAUCACAAAACAAUGAAGAAAAUAAUACUGAACCUGAAGACUCGGAGAAUGCAUCUGUAAAGAAGCCUGAUGAUAUUGUUUAUAAAAGAGCUAGGAGUUUAAUACAAUGCCUAGAAGAAUAGUCAAA